CAAAUACCGUCGGAGAUAGUGUGCAGGUUUGAACAAUGCGGCCGUUUCUCUGGCCGUAAGUCAGGAUGGUUGGUGUAUGAUGCCGCGACGCAGGCGCCGCCUAGCCUCCCGCAUCAGGAACUACGUGAGGAGUCUGCUAGCAUUCCUCUUCAGCAAUAUCGGCUUGAUUGUACUCGUGGUUGGAUAUACUGUAGCUGGAGCAUUCAUGUUCCAAGCCAUUGAAGGUGCGAGCGAGAUAGAGCGCGUUAACAAUAUGACGUUAGAAAGGAACAACACGGCUCAGUACCUCUGGCAGAAUGUCACAUUAGCACUUAAUCUAUUCAAUGAGACUGCUUUAAAAUACAGGUUAAACAUAGAACUAAGUAAGUAUCAGAGCAAAAUAGUGUCCGCGGUCCGUAACGGAUGGGAUGGCGGCCGGUCAUCGCGGCAGUGGAGUUUCUCAUCUGCAUUUCUUUAUUCCCUCACUGUCAUAACCAGCAUAGGUUAUGGCCAUUUAAGUCCUCGGACCAGUUGGGGUAAAGUGUUGACUAUAUUCUACGCAUUGCUGGGAAUGCCUCUUUUUCUUUUAUAUGUCACCAAUGUUGGUCAAUUGUUGGCACGUUGGUUCAAAUGUUUGUAUGCGUUGGUGUGUUUGUGUCGGGGAUGUCCAGGGUUUGCGAGACGAAGAGUGGUUCGGUUGCGUACUCAGUUGGAGACCAGCGAAGCGGAGAGUAUAGAAUGUCCUGAAGGUUGGAGGCAUCGGGUAUCAGAGUCUGACGUCACCCCAGAUUAUCGGAUACCACCGUAUCCUAUAUAUCAUCAAAGGAGGUUGGACAUGAGAAGACUGGCACAUCCUCUGGACGCACGGUACCCUCAUGACCGCGGCUGGUCGGAGCCUGCGUAUAGGGUUGAGAGUGAGGCUAGUGACUUCAGUUAUGUCACCUUCGACGCUCAGACGAUCACCGUGCCGAUUAGUGUCUGUGUAGCAGUUAUGGUCGGAUAUAUUAUGUUUGGAUCGAUGAUAUUCGGUCUUUGGGAGAAAUGGGACCAGUUGGAUGGAGCUUAUUUUUGUUUUAUUUCCUUGAGCAGCAUUGGUUUCGGUGACUUUGUGCCUGGUGAGCGAGUCUAUACGCCCCGUAUUGAAACCUCUUUUAUUGUGUGUUCGCUCUACCUGAUGUUGGGGAUAGCUCUCGGGGCCAUGUGCUUUAAUCUGAUGCAGGAGCAAGUGAUACAUUACUUCGCGGGUAUGAAGCGGGCGCUCAAACGAAUUUGCCGCUGCAAGAGAUGACAACUCAUUUGUUCUGUUUCCCCUCUGGGAUGUAUGCAUGUUGCAGUCAAAGUUAGAAUUUAUUACGCGAAGUGUCUAGAAUUUUUGAUGUGAUUGAUGAUAUUAUUUUUUUUUUGUUAAUUAAAUUGAGUGAAACUAAA